CUCAUACACUCACUCUCCAGCUUCUAUAUUGUUUCCCCAGCCAUUCUUGAGGGUUAUGAGACCUUUGGGAAGUGUGUAAGCUGAUGUAAGAUAAGGAGAGGAGCGGGGGGAAAUCCCUACAGGAAGCACCCCGAAGGGGCUACAGGCAACCAAACCUUUGGGUCUGGCUUUCCUGUUGGAUGCAGCAAGAUAGCAGCAGCUAAUGUGCAGAAUCUUCCCUGGUUUGGGCAGAAAAUGAUCACUGUGUUGCGACUGGCUUUCUGGAUCUAUUUCACUUUUUCUGCAUUUAGCUUUUGUGUACAAUUUGACACAUAUAUACUUGCAGGAGAGCCUGGGUAUCUUCAUUGUCCAUUAAAAUCUGCACAAUCUAACUACACUGUGAGUUGGUACAGAGAAGGUAGUAAUACACCAGUAACUACAAAUAACUACUCCAGGGUCCAUCAGCGUGGGGACUUGCUUUGGUUUAUCCCUGCAAGCAUGGAAGAUUCAGGACAUUAUGACUGUGUUGUGAAUGGUAAUUCAGGAAACAAGUUGACCCUAUUCGUUUGUGAGAACAAUGAUGACUUCUGUUUGAAUCAAUAUAUGAUUUAUCCUCAAAAGAUUUCCGCAACCAGUGGGAAGUUGGUUUGUCCCAAUAUUGAGAGUUUUACAAAUAAGACUACUACAUGUGUUUUGCAGUGGUAUAAGGCAGACAGUCCUGGAUUGCUUGAAGAUAAAAGGAUUUGGAAAUUUGAUGAUUUUCUUGCAAUUAAUAACAUAACUAAGAAAGAUGAAGGAAUCUAUGUGUGCCAAGCAACAUAUAUCUAUAUGGAAAAAGAAUAUACUGUUUCACGGGCCAUUAAUCUAACUGUUUUUGUUGUUGAACCGAUAUCACCACCAGAAAUCAUUUAUCCAAGAAAUAAUUCUAUUGAAGUAGGCAUUGGAUCCAGUGUUGUCAUGGACUGUAACAUAACAUCAUCCAUAGCAGAUAUAUUUGUAUCCUGGGACGUCAGUACAUACAAACAAGUAUAUUAUGACUAUCGACUGAAUUCUGGAGAAUACAUAGUCGGAUCAAAAUUUGUGAUUUCUGAAAUGAAAAAUGAAGAUUACUUGAAAUAUGUCUGUAUUGUACAUUCUUUUCACUUUGAUCAAAGCUCAGUGUACCUCACGCUAAAGCACCCAGCUGUAAAUAUUCAGGGUCACUUGAUUGGAGGACUCCUUUCAGCACUGUUUGUUUUACUGGCCCUUGUGCUCAUCUGCAAGUUUUUCAAGGUUGAUAUUGUGCUUUGGUACCGGGAGUCCUGCCGACCUCUUUUUGGUAAAGAAGUUUCAGACGGGAAGCUUUAUGAUGCAUAUGUAUUGUAUCCCAAGAAUGUAAACUGCACAUAUUCAUCAGACAUCUUUGUCCUAAAAAUACUGCCAGAAGUUUUAGAGAAACAAUGUGGAUAUAAUCUCUUCAUUCUUGGAAGGGAUGAUUUGCUAGGGCAAGCUAUGGUCAGUGUUGUUGAUGAAACUAUCAAGCAAAGCAGAAGAGUGAUUGUCGUGUUAGUACCAGACUCAUCCCACAGCAUGCAGAGAGACAGCUUUGAGCAUCAGAUAGCAGUGUUCAGUGCUCUUAUUCAAGAUGGAAUUAAGUGUUACGAUUUCACUAACGAUGUGCCUGCUCAGGAGCACUCUACGAAGGAUGGGAGUACAGGAAAUGUCUUGGCUGGAAUUAUUCAGAAAUAUGUCCUUGGUACUUCUUUAGGAAAUGUUGCCAUGUUUUUGAACUGCUUGUUGUCCCUGGCCUUUCUUUAUCCAGUAAACACGAUGGCCACUUUAUGGGUUUAUUGUACUGUUAUGCUGUCAUUCUCCUAUUUGCUCAAAUCAGAGAAGUGUACGGUUUGGGAAAAGGAUGUGUACGUUGAAGAUCUGAAGACUGUCAUCAUGGGACAAUCUCUUGGGAUUAAGUGUACUUUGAAUAGUUUGCUGCAUUUAAAAGAUUCAAACAAUGGCUUGAACUGGUACAGGAGUGGAAAUGAAACACCUAUAACUAAAAACCUGCACUCAAGAGUGUUUCAAAAUGGUAGCAUGCUUUGGUUUCUCCCUGCAACAUUUUCCGAUGUUGGAGUCUACGAAUGUAUUUUACGGAAUUCAACAAGAUGUUAUAAAAGCACUGUGAGAGUAUCAGUUUUUAAUGCUGACCGAUGUUUUAAUGAGGAAUUCUUCUAUGUACAAGAGAUACCAAUAUCAUCAAAUGCAAAGAUAGUGUGCUUUGACAUGGGCCUUUUCAGAGAACACAUGGAUAAUCUAUCAAUUAAUUGGUAUAAGAGAUGUGAGCCACUGCAUGGCAAACGAUUUGACAUCUAUAAAGAUGAUCUUACAAUAAACAAUGUGAUUGCAGAGGAUAAUGGAAAGUACCUAUGCACGGCAACAUUCAUCUAUGCAGGAAAUAAAUACAAUGUUUCAAGAAGCAUUUCUGUAGUUGUUACAGAAAACCCAGAGAGGAAGAAAACUGAGAUUCUUUAUCCAAGAAACAAUACAAUUGAAGCUGAACUUGGAUCCAAUGUAUUUAUAGAGUGCAAUGUAUCCAGUUUCAAAGACAAUUAUAUUCCUAUAUCUUGGAAAGUCAAUAAUACUCUAGUUGAAGCCCUGUUUCCGGAUAGAAUUAUAGAAGGAUAUCAAAACGAUUUCGUUGCUGAAGGAGAACAGUUUUCUACAGUGUCUUUGAACAUUACAGAACUGAAAAAUGAAGAUUAUGGCCAGUGGUUUCUUUGCCAUGCUGGUGAAGUUGCAGCAUAUAUCUCCAUACAAUGUCCACCUAAACAUUUUACGGGACAUUUGAUUGGCGGACUUCUUGCCCUGGUGUUCAUCAUAAUUGUUUCCAUAUUAAUCUAUGUGCUCUUCAAGAUUGACAUUGUACUUUGGUAUCGAAAAUCUUGCCUUCAUAAAAAAGUUGCAGAUGGAAAGAUCUAUGAUGCGUAUGUUUUAUAUCCAAAAAACUGCACACCAGAUUGUUUUGUCCUGAAAGUGCUUCCUGAGGUUUUAGAGAAACAAUGUGGAUAUCAUCUAUUUAUAUUUGGCAGGGAUGAUAUACCAGGGAAAGCUGUGGUCAGUCUAAUUGAUGAAACCAUUAAACAAAGUAGAAGUCUGAUCAUUAUUUUAGUACCAGGAUCAUCGAGCUAUAAUUUAUUAGACGAGGCACCUGAGCAGCAAAUAGCAGUAUACAAUGCACUCAUACAUGAUGGAAUGAAAGUAAUCCUGAUUGAAAUGGAGAAAAUAAAAGAUUACAGUAACAUGCCAGAAUCUAUUAAAUAUAUUAAGCAAAAGCAUGGAGCCAUCAGAUGGAAAGGGGACCUCACAAAAAGACGUUCUUAUUCUGCAAGUAACAGAUUCUGGAAAAAGGUCAGGUACCAAAUGCCAGCAGGACCUCGAAUUUCCCCAGAACUGCCUCUAUCGCCAUUGUCUCUCAACGCACACCUGCUUUGAAAGGUGUACCUUUUGAUGGAUGCUGUUAGAACAUAUCUUUGGAUGUGGUGAAUAGACUUUUAUGCUUAUAGCAUUCCCAGGUUGUAGCUGGUAAUUUUUUUUAAUUGCUAGUUAAACAUUGCCAUUUCUCAUGUACAGAAGGCCAUAAGGUAUUUCAAAUGAAAAAUAAUAAACUUGAAAGGACAUAUUUUUGUAACGGUA